UUGAUUGUUAGUCUACUCGUUAUUGAUUUAGUGUUUUAUAUCACUUGUCAGGUUGAAGUUCUACAUGAUGAGCCAGCACCUACAGUGCCUGACUCCUUUCCUCCUCAAAAACUCGCAUCUCCUUGCCCAAUUGCAGAUUCCGCAAGCUCCACUCACUCCCCUCUAGUAUACGACCCCCAACUCGUCACCGAGUCCAAUCUUAUUGAUGCCUUCCAAUUACCCUCCUCCUCCAUUACAUUCCGAAUUGGUGAUGUAGUGUGGGGCAAAUUGAGCGGUUGGCCAUGGUGGCCUGCUCGUAUUACCCGUCUUUGUCUUCGCUCACCAUACUCCUGCAUUGCUCAAAUUACCUGGUUUGGUACCAACGAAACCAACGAAUUGUCCUGCGACAAAAUCUUGCCCUUCCUUGCUAAUUAUGAGAAGAAGUUAGACAAGCGGAAAUACAAACAGGGGAAACAGAAUUCCUACAAAAAGGCCAUUGAUGCCGCUAUGACUUUAGCUCAACCACAAGAUACUCAAUCGUCGGCAGUCGCCGAUAUUGCCAAUCAAGAAGCAACUAAUGGAGACGAUGCUUCUGAAACCCUGUUUCCUCCUGAGAUUGAACCGGAAGAGCUCAGGCCAGAGUUUGAAGAAAUUCUAGCUCAGAGAAUGGCCAAACCCUUCCAAAUCAAGCUCUUUAUUGAAGAUGAACAAGCUUGUGUGUACAUAUUACUGUGUUCAGAUUUCUUUCCCUUUUUAUAA